AUGUCUCCUCUCCCUAGUCCUAGAGCUGCAGCAGCAGCAGCAGCAGCAGCAGAAGCGGCUGCUGCAGCAGCAGCAGCAGCAGCACCCGCAGCAGCAGCAGCAGCAGCAGCAGGCGCUGCAGCAGCAGGGGCUCCACCGCCUGCAGCAGCAGCAGCAGCAGCCCCUGCAGCAGCAGCAGCAGCUGCAGCAGCAGCAGCAGCAGCAGCACAACCUUAUGAAGCUUGCGGGCCUGAAGCAAUAGAAGAAGAUGUUGAGGGUGCUGCUGCUGCUGAUGCUGAUGCUAGUGCUGCUGAUGCUGCUGCUGAUGCUGAUGCUAGUGUUACUGAUGCUGCUGCUGAUGCUGAUGCUUGUGCUGCUGAUGCUGCUGCUAAUGCUGCUGAUGCUGCUGAUGCUUGUGCUGCCGAUGCUGCUGCUAGUGCUGCUGCUAGUUCUUGUGCUGCUGAAGCUUGUGCUGCUGAUGCUGCUAGGGCUGCUGCUGGUAGUGCUGGUGCUUCUAAUGCUGCUCCCUUAAGUACUGCUGCUGCUGCGAGUGCUGCUGCUGCUAGUGCUGCUGCUGCUGCUGCUGCCAAUUUUGCUGCUGCCAGUGCUGCUGCAGACACCUCUAGUGAUACAGCACCCUCCAUGCCUCCCCGCUGA